AUGCCCAAGCGUCCGCGCUCGUUUAGACGUCCCGAAGACUUCACCAAGAGUGACUCCGACGACGAAGACUACGACGACGCGCAUGUGCGCUCAUCGCCCAAGAAAGUGAGAAGCGCACGUUCCAAGAAGUCGAAAUCGCAAACCUCGCGCAAACGUCAAAGAAGAAACGACUACGGUAGUGACGGAGUUGUCGACGACAGCGACGAUAACGACGAGGGUUCUUUUGAAGAAGAUAGCAUCGAGGAGAGUUCGGGCUCGGAGGAAGAGGAGGAUUCGCCUGGUCCUGGCAGGCGCAGACAACGCAAGGCUGCUCGUGUUCCUAAGCAAUACGCCGAAUCCGACGAAGACGCUGAGGGAAGCGACGACGCUAUCGCACGCCUGCCAUCGCCGCCAGUCGCACAAUCGCUCCUUGUCAAACUCAGAGUUGCGCCAGAAAAGUUGGAACUCCUUAGAGACGGUGAAAAAAUGAACAAUCCUCGUAGAACAACCAGAGCGAACAGUGCCAGAAUCUCGGCGCGUGGUACAACACCUGCAGAGGGUUAUGGUAUGUCCACCAGACGUAGCAGUCGUGCCUCUCAACAACAGGAGCCGUUGUUCGCCCUUGGUGAUUCUGGCAAGCAUGCCCACGCGCAAGGUGCUCGUCAAGCAUCCUUCACACCUGAUCCUCAGCUGCAAUCCGCUAGGAGUACAAGGAGCAAGGGCCACAAAAAGCCACCACCUAGCGUCAGCGCGAUCAUGGAGGUUUCUCAAGAAGAAAUUCCCGCCUCACAGGAUUAUGGCGAAGUUCCCGAAUCUUUUGACAGAGAAUUGCGCGAGUAUGCUGAGCCUGCACCCAAGGAAGAAGAGGAAGACGCGCCAGCCGAUGCUGCUUCUCCUUUCGUCUCAGAUGUGCAAAUGGUUGAUCAAGAGCCGGCUGAAGAGGAUGUUGACGCCGAAGGAGAGGAAGAUGAUGAAGACGAGGGUCCAAUCAAUAAGAACAAGCGCAAAGCUAGGCAACGACGACUCCGACCGCGAACUCGGAAAUCUCAAGGUGAAGCUAGUAGCGAUUUUGAACCUCCAGCUUCUGGUGGUGAAGAAGCUUCCAGUGCCGACGAACUGCAAGAUUCACCUAAGAAGAACCAGAAGAGUGACAAUGAUUCCAGUAGUGGUGGUGGCCGUCUCAGACGCUCUCGACGUACUGCUACAAAGCGUUCGCGCGAGUCCUCAGAGGAAGAUGAAAGACUCGAUCCAGAUGAGGUUGACGCUGAAGCCGACGAGUUGCAAGAAGAUAGGCGUCGUAACAAGCGGCCUCGUCGAAACAGGCACCAUGACAUUGUUUUCGAGGGAACGACUCUGCGCAACAGAAGCAACAGACCUGAUUACCGUAUCUUCAGACCAGAAAUUCAUCAAGCGGACGAGGAAGAAGCAGUAGCACCAACGACAUCACAACGACCUCGUCGUGCAGCUGGACCUUGGAGGUCUUUGUUUUCGACUCUUGGUCCUUUCGGUGGUGCUGGUGGUCCUGCGCCUGUAUUCGGAGGUGAAGGUGCGGAAGCUGCUGGUGGGGCCGACUCUGACAGUAGCGACGACGACAUGGUUCAGAAAAUGCCUCGAGCAAGUGUCGGCGGCGCUGUAGGCAUGACGCCCACCGCUGGCACAGCAGCUGGCCUCUUCCCACAAACACACAAUGCCGAUGCUGGUGCCUCGACUGCUGGCGGUCUGUCCAACUUCGGAAAAGUCAAAGACAAGAAAGCCUUGGCUGAUGCUGAUCCAUUGGGAGUCGAUCCGAACGUCAACUUCGACGGUGUUGGAGGUCUCGAAGAUCAUAUCGACAGGCUCAAGGAAAUGGUUCAGCUUCCACUCAUGUAUCCCGAGAUCUUCCAGACGUUCAAGGUCACACCACCUCGCGGUGUUCUAUUCCACGGACCUCCUGGAACUGGUAAAACAUUACUCGCAAGAGCUCUUGCUUCUAGUGUCAGCGCUCAUGGAAAGAAAGUCACUUUCUAUAUGCGCAAAGGUGCUGAUGCACUCAGCAAAUGGGUUGGUGAGGCUGAACGUCAACUGAGAUUGCUAUUCGAAGAGGCUAGAAAGACACAACCCAGUAUCAUCUUCUUCGAUGAGAUUGACGGUCUUGCACCUGUUCGAUCAAGCAAGCAAGAGCAAAUUCACGCAUCAAUUGUUGCUACCCUUCUGGCUCUGAUGGACGGCAUGGAUGGUCGUGGUCAAGUCAUCGUCAUUGGUGCCACCAAUCGUCCUGACUCGGUCGAUCCAGCUCUGCGCCGUCCAGGUCGUUUCGAUAGAGAGUUCUAUUUCCCACUUCCCAACGUCAAGGCUCGUCGUGCGAUUAUCGAUAUUCAUACUAAAGGAUGGGAGCCGCCACUCAAGCCCGAAUUCAAGGACCAGCUUGCAGCUCUGACUAAGGGGUACGGUGGUGCCGAUCUUCGUUCACUGUGCACAGAAGCUGCUCUGAAUGCCGUGCAAGGCACCUUCCCUCAGAUCUACUCCAGCAACAAGAAGUUACUCAUUGACCCUUCGCAGAUCAGGGUUCAAGCCAAGGAUUUCAUGAUCUCUGUCAACAAGAUCGUGCCUUCCUCUGAGCGAUCUGCAUCUUCUGGUGCCUCGGCGCUGAAACCAAACGUCGAGCCUCUGCUUAGGGAAGCGCUUGCAAAAGUGUCGGCUAUCAUUGACGAUAUCAUUCCACAAAAGAAGCCGACGACUGCAUUGGAAGAGGCCAUGUACGAUGACCGGAAUGAUGAGCACGGUUUCGAAAAGGAGAAUCUACAGCGAGAAUUUGAGAGCUCAAGAAUCAAUCGUCCAAGGUUGCUCAUCAGCGGUCUUGAAGGGAUGGGUCAGCAAUACAUUAGUGCUGCAUUACUAGCCAAGUUCGAAGGGCUUCAUGUACAAUCCUUUGACAUGUCGACAUUACUCAAGGAUUCAACAAGAUCACCCGAAGCAGCUGUUGUUCAGUUGUUUGAGGAAGUAAAGCGCCACAAACCUAGUGUAAUCUAUCUCCCCAGCAUCGAUGUCUGGUACGAGACAAUGGGCCAGCAGGUCAUCAAGACUUUCAAUGGUCUCUUAAGGACCUUGGCGCCUACAGAUCCAGUCCUGGUACUUGGUGUGAUGGAGUUGCGCUCCAGUGAUGCCAGUCCUAACCAGGAGAUGAUGAGAGAGCUGUUCAGCCGUUCAAGAAAGAACUACUUUGUGUUGAAUAGACCUGGAGAGACGGCUCGCAGAGAAUUCUUCAGCAAAGCAAUGAACUACAUCCGGCAGUCACCUGCAGAAUUUCCUCAACCAGAAAACCGCAAGAAGCGCAUCUUACCAGCACUGCCUGAGGCACCGGUCUUGGAGGAACAACCGAAGGCGCCCACCAAGGCAGAGCUCAAGGCGCAGAAGAAGAAGGACCGCUUCACACUGAACAACCUCAAACUGCUUAUUCAACCAGUGAUGGACCAGAUUAAGCUGAAGUACAAGAAGUUCAGAACCCCUGUCGUAGACGAGAGUCUUAUUGGUUAUCUCUACGACGAGCAAGACCCAAGCAUCGUUACCACCGAUUUGGAUCCUACACAGGCACAACAACUGAGACCUUAUGAGAUAGCCAAGGACGCAAAGGGUACGACAGUCCUGCAUGAAACUGCGACUGGCAAGCAAUACUACAAUCUGGAAAUUGUCACCAUUGAGAAGCGCUUAUCGAACGGAUACUACAAGCGCCCGAAAGACUUCCUUACAGAUAUUAGAGCACUUGCCAAAGACGCAAAGACCAGUGGUGACCAGGAACGCACACUCAAGGCCAACGAAAUGCUGGCGAAUGUUGAAGUCGACAUGAUGAAUCUUGAGGCGAUCAACCCUGUACUGGUUGCCGAGUGUGAAGCUGUGUACAAUCGCGAAUUGGCUCGCGAGAAAGAGCAAAUUGAGUCAGCCAAACAAGAAGGACAUGAAGUGCCCAUUGUCAGGCCAAAUAUACCACCGAAUGUCUCGAACACCAUUACCGAGCAAUCUACUGGACCAGUCCAUCUCGGAGAGGAUGUGCCUGGACCACGGAUGUUGGCUCCCUUCACGCCCGCUAGACCGCUCGGACCCAGUCCAUUGUCUAAUGGUUACACCAACGGCUCAAGUGUUCCUUCAAGACUCCAUGACGAGUCCGAGAUGCCCGACAGUCAGGACGCUUCUCUUGUGAACCCUCAGGAACGAGCUGGAUUCAAUCAGCCGUACGCCACUCCGUCAGCUCAAGGUACACAGCCAUAUCACACACAUACCCAGAACAGUGUGUUGACACGGAUGGCUCCUGGCUCAACGCAUCAAGACUACUAUAACAGCGCGUCUUCUACCAGCUCGGGCCACAAGACAAGCAACCAGAGCCACAGAAGCAGUGCGCCUUUCUCAGUCAUUACUAAUGCCUCUUCCAACGGAGCGCGCAACGAUGAUGCUCCCGAUUUUAGUGCUUUGCCCAACCUCGAGGGCGGCAGUCAACUGCCUAACACGCAACCACCGGAUAUGUACAGUUCGCAGCAGUCGCAAUCAUCGCAAAGAGCCAUGGGCCCACCACCACCAAGCAGCCAACCUCAUCAUCACUCCUUCACAGUACAAGCAUUGCUUAACGAGCCACAACUCGUUCCGGCGGAUCCAGGUCUCCUCAAGAGUCUUGACGACCAAAUGGUGCGCAAGUCGAGCGGAUUGAACGUCGAACAGCUGGAGCAGGUGAUGGCAAACAUCAUGGACGCGAUCUGGAGGACAAAGGGUGAUUGGAACCGCAACCAUGCUGCCUCGGCAGUUUCUGAUACUUUCAACGAGACCAUUCGAGAUAUUGAGGAGUGUCAGGCUAUCUUGGAUGAGUAG